AUUUCAUAGGUGGACAUCCGACGAGAGAGAUAGAGAAUGGAUUUGAGAAGCCUGAAUCUGGCAUCGCCAGUCCGUUUCUGUUCAAGCGCACGCAUUCAACUCUUUUUCUCUCCGCCAAAACCCAACAGCAAAUCCUCUCUCAGACCCUUCAAAACAUCUAUCUUCCCUCUCUCUUCCCUAUCUCCACAUCUCACACACCACUCCUCACCUGAAAGAGGUGACGUGAGUUCUUGGUCUAAUGAUGUUGCGGGAUCUGUUCUCCGUGAGAAGCUUCUCCAAGUGGUUUUGGUCUCUCCCCAGAUACCUGGGAAUACAGGAUGCAUUGCCAGAACAUGUGCAGCAUCAGCCAUCGGUCUGCAUCUUGUUGAGCCUCUAGGAUUUCAAGUGGAUGAUACAAAAUUGAAGCGUGCUGGAUUGGAUUACUGGCCUUUGGAGACAAGACCCUCAAUAUGGAUGCUAAAGCAAUCACAAGCUAUUUCUUCUUCAAGUAAUUGCUAUCAAUUUGAUAGCAAACCUGAACACACUGUAAUUCUGUAUGUAGUUGUUAAGGUUCAUGGCUCUUGGACGGAAUUCAGAGAAUAUUUCAGACAGAAGGAAGGAGAAAAACGGCUGUUGGCAUUUACCAAGAGAGGAACAGCUAUUCAUUCAGAUUUCUCAUUCAAGCGAGGUGAUUGGCUUGUUUUUGGGUCUGAAACUUGUGGUCUGCCUCCUGAAGCUUUGGUCGACUGUAACAAUGAAAGCUUAGGUGGUGGAACUAUCCGGAUUCCAAUGGUUGAAACUUACGUUCGAUGCUUAAACCUCUCUGUCAGUGUUGGAAUAGCUGCGUAUGAAGCAUCCAGACAACUAAACUAUGAACAACUUCAAUCUCAACCCAAGGCUUGUAUGGAUAGCGAAAACUCAUUUGUUUCCGAAGAUAUAUAUGCCUGAUUUAUGAGUUUCGGGGCAUUUUGGGAAUUACUUGUAUGGUUAGAUUAUGUAGCAAAUUUGCAUAUCCAAUCGAUAGGGACAUCUUGGGAAUCAA